CUUUUACCUCCUCACCUUUGCACUCUGCCAUCAGCGUGCGGUGGGGCUGCGUGUGUACUCCUGCGUGCGUGCAUGUGUGUGUUUGCGUGCCCGAGAACGGAGAGAUAACAGUAGACGCUGGGAAAGUCCGCGCCCAGCGACUGUCGUCUGGGAACGGAGCGCGGCUUCAGCGCUCGGUCCUUCAGCUCGCCCCGUUCCGCCCAUCUCCGCGCCGUGCCUCCCCCGCUCUCUUUCUUUCCUAGCCUGCCUUGGUCAAGAUUCUCUGUCCCACCGCUCCUCUGCACCGAAACACAACAGCAGCUACGAUGGCGGAGGGGCACCUCAGCAUCCCCGCACUGCCGUACGAAUACACUUUUCCUACGCAGCAUGUCGCGCUCGUCGUCAUCGACAUGCAGCGCGACUUUGUUUUGCCUGGCGGCUUUGGCUUUCUCCAGGCAGCGGCGGCCGGCGCCGACCUAGCUGAAUUUUCCGCGAAGAUGAGCCGUGUCGUUCGUCGCUGCCAGGAGCUUGUCGAAGGAGCUCGACGCGCUGGCCUAUACGUCAUCCACACGCGGGAGGGUCACCGUCGGGAUCUGAGCGACUGUCCCUUUAGCAAGAUCGAGCGCCAGGCUUCGGCGCCUGGCACGCUGCACACGGUGCACAUUGGCGACCAAGGCGAUGCCUUUGAUGGGCCCAUGCUAGUGCAAGGGUCCUACGGCCACGACUUUGUCGACGAGCUUCAGCCGAGGGCUGGCGAAGCCGUCUUUGACAAGCCGGGCAAAGGAGCUUUCUUCGCGACGGGCCUCGAUACCUACCUGGCAGACCGUCAGAUCACGCACUUGAUCAUAGUGGGCGUGACGACCGAGUGCUGCGUCACGACGACGUUGCGCGAGGCAAAUGACCGUGGCUACCAGUGCUGCCUCGUUGCAGACUGCACUGAAGGCUACAAUGACGGCUUCGGGCGUGCCUGUCUGGCCAUGACUACCCUUAGCGAUGGUCUCUUCGGGUGGGUGUCAGACGAGAGCCGCGAACUUGUUCGACAGCUUGCCACCGUGCGCCGUGACGCGUCUCCAGUCGGAUCAGCCUCGCCCGCGCAAGUCCUCUUCAGUCGCAUAAAGCAGGUCAAUGGCAGCCACAAUCCCAUCUUCACCCGCUUGGCCUCCCUCGAAGAGCUUGAGGCAAGGACAGAAGCGGUCAAGCCGCAAAAGCAAGACAAUCGGCCCCUCGCUGGACGCCUGUUCGCCGUCAAAGACAUGAUAUCGACGCCGGGCUGGCCAAGCAGAAUGUGCAAUUUCGGGAAAGAGGAAGCAGAUCUCAACGAAGGAGCGUCACUGACCGGCAGCAGCAGCCCCGUAGUCGAUCGGUUGCAGAAGGCAGGCGCCGUCCUUGUCGGAAAGACCAACAUGGACGUGCUCGCCACGGGUCUAACUGGCACUCGCUCCGACGUGGGCAAUCCUCUCUGCAAGCCGUAUCCCACACGCAUUCCCGGGGGCUCCAGCUCAGGCUCGGCCGUGGCCGUGGCCGAGGGCCUGUGCGACUUCUCGAUUGGGACCGACACGGCCGGCUCGGGUCGCAUCCCGGCCGCAUUCAACGGCGUGGUGGGUUUCAAGCCCUCCAAGGCGUCUCUCAGCACCGACGGCGUGCUUCCGUGCAUGCCCUCGCUCGACUGUGUCACCAUCUUUGCACCGACGGCAGCCCUCGUUCAGCGAGUCUGGCUAGUAGCAAAAGGAGACACGGUCAGUGGUGCACCGUCGCCCACGCAUCGCAAGGCUGGACGUGCAGUCGGUCGACUGGAGCCCGCGUUCAAACGCCGCUUCACCUUUGCCGUACCAGAUGAAGAGACGAUCCAGAGACUUUGCGAGCCCUGCUUUGCAACAUCCUUUGCUGCUGCCACCGAGCGUCUGACGAGCAUGUUUGGAGCGACAAAGGCGGUGCUCAGUCGAGACGAGUUUCAAGGCUUCUACGACGCCGGACAAGCAAUCUAUUUUUCUGGACUUGCCGCUGAGCGUCUCUUCCAUGUCAAGCGCCACGUAGAGAAUUCAGGCAAGCUCCACGGUGCAACUCGAAAACACCUCGAGACCGCUGCCAAAGUAACGGUCGACGAGGUGCUAGAGGCGCAGGCAAAGGUGCAGACGAUGCGGAAGUGGGGCGAUGGCUUCUGGGACGCGCACCGGGACUACGACGUUCUCGUCUUUCCCACGGCUCCUUGCCACCCGACGGUGACGGCGAUGCAGUCGUCGGUCGACGAUAACCUGUCAAUCGGCUCAAGUCUCGCAGCGUUUACUGCGUGCGCAAAUGUCCUCGAUAUGCCCGCCGUCUCGAUUCCGUCUCCCUUUGUCGGAGAAGAGGCUCAUCGUCCGUUUAGUAUCAUGUUUAUGGCUCCUCGUCACGACGAUGGCUUCCUUCUGAGACUUGCCCAGCUGUAUCAAGAAAGAGAGCACACUGAAUCUGAAUGAAACGCCUGCUUGAGCUCGGGACUGG